GCACAGUGCACGCAAGUGUGUUGAAAAUAAGGCGGGCACGGGGUUUGACAAGGGGUUACAGCUGCACUGCUGUCUGUACUUUGCUACGCGUAGCUGAUGCAAUGCUAUGCAGGGUCCUGGAGUGAUGGUGCGGCCAGCGCAAGAGUCCGUUGCGUACACAGGCGAGCAGCAAGCAGCCUGUUUUGCGCAGCUUUGCUCUUUGCCGACCUCUGUACCAACAGCGCUCACUGGGGCCAAACGCCGUCGCUGCACGUAGUGUACAACCUCGACCUGGCACUCGCUUACUGGGCUGUCUGGAAAAGCGUCGCCUAUGGUAUUGACCGCCGCGAGAGGAGGCCAGCCAGACGUCUUGUGCUGCUCUUUAUGAGACAACGACAAGGUGCAUGUCCUCUGCUAUCCUGUCGCUGGCAAUCGGGUGUGUUUCUGAUGGGAUGGGUAGCAAGCGGAGAUGCUGGCGCUGACGGCACGACCCUAUUUGUCUGGGUACGCGUGUCGAUCACCUGCGGCGUCGCUUCCCCCUCGCCUCGCGUCGCUCGGGCGUCGCUCGGGGUGGGGCGGGGGGCUGCUCACUUGGUAGCAAGGUAGAAGCCGGGGGAGCGCACGACACUUGGCUUGCUUCCUCUGGGGCCUUUCAGCUGGGCUGUGUGAUGCGAUGGGCAAGCCAGGCUGGUGGUGAGAGUGGUAGUAGUAGUUCUACUCCUACCACCAGUAGUAAUACGAAUGGGGGGCGUGUUGUCGUUCUCAGCUUGGUUUUCUUUGAGUGUAGUCGGUCAGUCAGUCACUUGCGUAGCUUUGCUUUGCC